AAACAUAGGAGGAAGAAGAAGACGACGUAGAAGAAGUAGUAGUGUUGAUUGUGUUUAGGUUACGUUCUCUACAGAAAGUCCUGAAAAACGUGCAAAUGGACGAAGCACUUGUUCGAGCCAGGAUUCCUCAAGACCUGGCGAAGGUCCUCAGUGUUCAGUCUCAGACCAAAACAAAAGCAGAGGCCUUCACCCAGGCCUUCCUAAAAAAAAGCCUUCAGCAGCACAAACGACACAAUCUGAAGAGCAUGUUGAGCCACAAGGCUGUGAUCCUGGGCUACAGCAGGCCCAAGAAGGCCAAGAGGAAGAGCAAGAAAGCCAAAGGACUGAACGCUCAUCAGAAGAGGGCCAUGAAGAUCUUCCAGAUCAAGCCUGAACACCAGAGAUACGAGCUCUUCCUGCCUCUGCAUGAGCUCUGGAGACAGUACAUUAUUGACCUGUGCGGUGGAUUGAAACCAACCAGCAGUCCACAGUUUGUGCAGCAGAGGCUUCUGAAGGCUGACUUCCAUGGUGCCAUCAUCACAGUGGUCCGCUCUAAAUGCCCGUCAUAUGUGGGGACUACAGGGAUUCUAGUUCAAGAGUUCAAACAUGUCUUCAAAAUCAUCACCAAGGAGGACAAAGUGAAAGUGAUCCCUAAGAGGAACAGCGUGUUUACAGUGGAGAUUAAUGGCUUCGUCUCUCACAUCUAUGGAAGCAAGUUUGAGCAGCGAGCCAGUGAACGCUCUGCCAAGAAGUUUAAAGUGAGAGGAACCAUCGACUUGUGAUGGCGCCAAGGAUGUGCUGUGCCUCGAUGAGAGAAGUUACAAACCCAGACUUCUACUGCCCUGCAUUGGCCAUCAGAAGGAACUAGAGCAAAUGCAUUAUGGUCCUGCACAUGCGACAGCAAAAUGUCAUCUGAAAAAUAACCCUGUUUGUUAAGUGGUUCACUUUGCUGCAUAUUAAUAACUUUAAAACACAGGUCUUACCUUAUUUUAAAAGGGAGUUCCACCAGUGUUGCUCACUCACAAUCAGCUCACAUUUGGUGUGGAAUGAUAAACACUCAGCGAUUCCUCUUUAAGGAAUAACACUGCAAGUGUGUGUUGUUUAUCAGAGCCUCGGUGGCAGAGGCUGAACUUCCCCUAUCUGUUGCCACAGUAGUCGGCUCUGGGAGAGUGCAGGGGAAAUGCAUGACUGUUUGUUUUUCAGCCUGACCUAAAUGUUUCUUUAGCAAGUUGUCCUGAGUUCAUGGUCAUAUUUUUAGUCAACGAUCAGACAGCAGCACUGAGUUGGUCUUAGUAUUUAAAAAAACAUUUUAUUACAAAACAAGGAGCACACUGGUGUUACACAGUCCACAGGACUUUCUUUUUCCUUUUUGUAACAGAACAUGAGAAUGACCACACUCCGAGUUCUGACUGAGUACAAACACAGCAUCGGUGUUGUCUGUGUACAUCAUUGAACUGCUUUACCUUUUCCCAGGGGUGUGUGAGUGCUGCUCUGCUUCUCACACCACAGCUGUCUCAGCACAAAUCUGUGGUUUCAAAGAUCCAACAUCUUGGUUUCAGCAGUGUCCUAUUUCCAAGUGUUUGGGCUCAAUAGAGAGACAUGCAUGCAGAGGUGUCAGCCAGAUCAGAUCGCCGUUCUGGUUCAAGGCUGCAGAGUCCAGACUUUCAGGUUUUUUCAUUUGCGUCAUGAAACCAACAAUACAGUGUGCACCUUUUAUAUUUCCUCAAAGACUGCAGCCUCUGCUCCCAGUUGUUCUAACCACAUCACUUUUUGUUUUUUGUUUUUUUUUUUGUAUAAAUUGGUUUCAAGAUAUUUGUUUCUGAAUCAGUGGAAUUAAAUCUGUGAUGCGCAGCUUUAAAGAAUAAAAAAAGAAGGAAAACAU